AUGAAGACUCUGAGAGAGGAGAUGAGGAGAGAGAAAGAAGAUACCGAGAAAGAAAGUUGCAGUAUGGUGACAGCAAAGACAAUCCUCUCAAGUGUUGGCUCUAUAAAGAAGCAGGUGAAAGACAACACUGGAAGCAGAAAGAGCCAGACAGAGAAAAGAAACAUCGAGAAAAAAGCAGCACAAGGGAGAAAAGAGAGAAGUAUUCAAAACAAAAAAGCAAUUCAUCCUCUGACAAGGAAGGGGAAGAAAGGCAUAAAGAAAAACGCCAUAAAGAAGGCUUCCAUGUGGACGAGGAGAAGCCCCGAAGCAGCGUGGGCAAGAAGGAGCACAGGAGGAGGGAGGCCAAGGUACCAUUUCCUGAUGCAUCAGCCCCCUCAGAGAAAGGCGCAUCCCCUUUUGAAUGGUGAACGCAGAAAUCGAGGUGCAAGUUCGAAGAGAGAUGGGACUGGAAGCGAGCAUGCAGAGAAUUUAGAGAGGAAUAAUGGGAAAGAUAAAGACUCCAGAAGGAAGCACGGCCGCGAAGAGGGCCUCUCGGCGUGGAAGCUGGCCCAGAGGCAAGGGAGCGAAGAGGCCUUGGAAAUUGAAAAGGAAGACACUGACUUAGAAAAUGCUGGAGCUGAUGAAUAUGCAGCCAGUUUUGAAGAUGAUUUUGAAGACUACGAGGAUGACUUUGAGGUCUGUGACGGGGACGAUGACGAUGUUGCACGUGAGCCUGAGUCAGAAGAGACAGCGGAAGAGCUUCCUCUGGCCAGAAGGAGGGAGAUACGGGAAAUUCAGAAAGCCAUCCACGCAGAAAAUGCACGGGUCGGUGAGCUGUCCUCGAAGCUGUUGGAGAAGCAAGGCCUGACGGAGCGUGGCAGGGGGCCGGGGCCGGCUGCAGACAUUUCCCCCUCCGAAACCCCUGCUUGUGGGAUUUUCCUGGACUUUGCGACAGCCUCACGCCGCCAGAAGAGUCGGACUCAGGCCCUUAAGCAAAAGACACGCAGCACAAAGCUGCUCCGGCUCAUCGACCUGGACUUCUCCCUCACCUUCUCCCUUCUGGCCCUCCCACCAGCGAAUGAGUACGACACGUACAUCAGAAACUUCGGGAAAAAAAACACCAAGCAGGCCUACGUUCAGUAUAAUGAAGAUAACGUGGACAGGAAUGUCCAGACUGAAGAGGUUGAGACUCAGGAAGUGUGGACCCAGCACCCGGGGGAAGGCGCGGCCGUUUCUGGGGGGAGUGAGCGGAGCAGCCCCCUUGAUGCCGCCGCCGUCGUCCCAAAGGUCAACACGCCCCGCCUGUGCAGCUUCCUCCGGGCCGCUUGCCAGGUGAUCGCGGUUCUGCUGGAAGAGGAUCGGGUGGCGUCGGAGCCGACCCGGGCGCCCCGGGCGCAGGACUGCCCCCUGCGCUUCAGCGAUAGCUCCGCGCAGCUGAACACCAGCUUGCCGUUCCUUCAAAAUCGGAGAGUAUCCUGCCUGCACGCCUCUCAGGUUCAGAGGCGGAUGGUGGUGUCCGUGCAUGGGCGACCUGGGAAAGCCUUCACGCCCCUGCUGGAUGGCAGAUACGUGCUCUGCGUGUGGGACAUCUGGCAGCCGUCGGGGCCCCAGAAGGUCCUGAUAUGCGAGUCGAAGGUCACGUGCUGCUGCUUUAGCCCCUUUAAAGCCUUCUUGCUGUUUGCUGGGACUGUGCACGGCUCGGUGGUCGUGUGGGAUCUGAGGGAAGAUGCCAGGAUCCAUCGUUACGUGAAGCUGAGCGGGUGCUUCUGGACGUUCAGGACCGCAACCUUUUCCACCGAUGGUGUCCUGACGUCUGUAAACCACCGCAGUCCCCUCCAGGCAAUAGAACCCAUCGCAGGGUCUGUCUGCAAAAGACAGAGCUGCCUGUUUUCACCGUUUUCUACUCAAGAAGAGCCAGCAGGCCUGUCCUUCCACGUCGCUUCCUUGGACGAGAGUGGGGUUCUCAACGUGUGGGUGGUGGUUGAAUUGGCAAAGGCAGAUACUGCAGGUGCAGUAAGUGACUUAGGUUUACUACCUGGAGGGAGGAUAAAGUUGGUGCACAGUGCCGCGAUUCAGCUGAGUGACAGCCUUUCCCGUAAAGGGUGUGAGCUUUGGGGCUCCACACAGACACUGAGCGUUAAAUUUCUGCCUUCAGACCCUAAUCGCUUUGUUGUUGGCACAGACACGGGCCUCAUCAGCCAUGGCACCAGACAAGACGUGAGAGUCUCUCCCAGGUUGUUCAGGCCCCAGCAGCAGGGCAUGAGGCCGGCGAAGGUGAACGUGAUUGACUUUUCACCGUUUGGAGAACCAAUAUUCCUGGCCGGCUGUUCUGACGGGAGCAUCAGGCUGCACCAGCUGACGGCCGAGCACCCUCUCCUGCAGUGGGACGAGAGCACCCACGGCUGCGCCGUCAUUGGCCUGCAGUGGUCCUUGACGAGACCGGCUGUGUUCCUGGUCCAGGACGACACAUCCUGUGUGUAUAUUUGGGACCUCCUGGAGAGCGAUCUGGGUCCUGUCGCCAAACAGCCCGUCUAUCCGGACAGGCUGGUGGCCAUGACUGUUGUGGGUGAAGCAGAGAAGACCCGCAGUGGCUUCCUGGCCCUGGUGCUGGCCAGAGCCUCAGGCGACGUGGACGUCCAGUACUUGCGGCGGGAGUGGGUGGCCCCGGCGGGCGACGAGCUGCAGAGGCUGCGGCUGCUGCUGCGGGAAGCCCUGUAG